AUGGAAAAUGCCAGCGCAGUUACGAAUGUUCUGGUCUGGUUUCUAUUUCUUACCAAUUUUUUCAGCGUCUGCGCCCGGUUAGGAACCCGAUAUUUCGUCUCGAAAGAGCUGGAAUGGGAUGAUGGUCUCCAGAUUUUGGCUCAGGUGACCUCACUGGGUCAAGGCAUCUGUAUUUCCAUCGCUGCCUCCCAUGGCCUUGGACAGUCGCAAAAUGCCCUGACACAGGACGAUCUGGAUACCCUCGCCAAGGCUAACUACGCCAGUCUACCUCUUCUGAUUCUGACCCUCGCCCUAAUCAAAUGGUCCAUCUCCAUUUUCAUCACCCGACUAACUCCGAAUCAAACUCACCUCUACGUGGAUCUCGGCUUGCGAAUUCUGAACGGCUUAUGGUGGCUAUCUGCGACAUUAAUAUCACUGUUCCAGUGCACAGUGCCAAGAGUAUGGGAUCUCGUCCGUCGUGAUCACUGUAUUGAUCAGAGAGCUUGGUGGACAUAUGUCGCGGUGAUCAACAUCUUAACGGAAGUCGGAACCGUCGGGCUUCUCGUCUGGAUCAUUGGCAUGCUCCAGAUAUCAACUUCCAACCGCGUCUUGAUCCUCAUAGUAUUCAUGACGCGGACUUUGGUUAUUGCGGCGGCAGCAGCACAAUUGGGAGUCUACUGGAACGCUUGUGACAGUGAAGAUGUCACGUCGAGUUUCUGGCUACCCACCAUAUUGAAUCAAGUUGUGAUCUGCACAAGUGUAGUCACGUCUUGCCUUCCAUUCCUCAAGCCCCUGAUGCUGAGCCUCGAGUCGGGAAUCGCACGCGUCCCGGAUGAGCCGCCGCAGGAACUGGCGUUCAUGGGGAGUUCAAGUGGUGCAUAUUCUGGAAAGUCUGGAGGCAGUGCGAGAUAG